AUGCAUAAUAAAAGGGAUGGGAAAGUGGCUGUUGGUGCUGAGACAGAUAGGCACAAGGGGAAAAUCACGAGGAGCACAGCAAAGCAAAAGCCUGGUAGACGGAUGGAUUCAUGGAUGCUCGGGAUCGAGCGAUUUGGUAACGUGGCAGUGAUAACCCCGAGAUCGCGCGGCGUUGGUUGUCACGCUUCUCAAUUCCAAGAUGUCGGUCUUCGGGCGGCCCAAAGAGCUAGUACCUCGAUUGAGGGACGAAUCCUGAAUGCAGCGAGCCGACUAGGGCGACUGUUGCCGAUGGGACGAGCCAAUAAUCGGAAAGUUACCGAUCGAGGUUCCUGA